AUAUAUUAUUAUAUAAUUCAACCUUGUUGUAUAUCUAACAUUUCAUAAACUUCAUUCGCAUUCAUCUCCCUUCUUAACCAUGAAACCGUUUCACAAAACCAAACCUUUAACCAAAUUAAUUCCAGUCUCAUCUUCAUUCUUUGCAAUUUCUCUCUUUAUGUUUAUUUCCAUAUUAUUCUUUACAUCAAAGAUAGUAAUACUAAACAUAUGUAGUUCUUCACCACAAGCUACGGAAUCUGAUCCAACUGAUGUUAAUCAUCUUGUAUUUGGAAUUGCUUCAACUAGAAAUUCAUGGCCUAAUAGGAAACAAUAUGCCAAACUUUGGUGGAACAAAAAAAUGAAUGGUUGUGUUUUUAUGGAUAAUCUUCCACCUGAAGAAAAUGACAGUGAUGAUUCUGUUCCACCACUCUGUGUCUCCGAAGACACUUCAAAGUUUCGUUACAGUUAUAAAGGUGGUUUAAGAUCAGCAAUUCGCGUGGCGCGUGUUGUGAAAGAGAUUGUUGGAUUGAAUAAUCAUUCUAAUGUUAGGUGGUAUGUGUUUGGUGAUGAUGACACAAUUUUCUUUCCUGAGAAUCUUGUGAAGACUCUUUCUAAAUAUGAUCAUAACCUUUGGUACUAUGUUGGUGCUUACUCUGAGAAUUAUGAAGGGUCACAUACUUUUGGUUUUGGAAUGGCUUUUGGUGGAGGUGGUUUUGCAAUAAGUGCUUCUUUAGCAAAUGUUUUAUCUAAAGUUUUUGAUUCUUGCAUUGAGAGAUAUUCUCAUCUUUAUGGAAGUGAUGCUAGAGUGUUCUCUUGCAUAAGCGAACUCGGUGUUGGAUUAACAUAUGAACCUGGUUUUCAUCAGGUUGAUUUGAGAGGAAACAUCUUUGGUUUAUUGGCUGCACAUCCAUUAAGUCCGGUACUAUCCUUACAUCAUCCAGAUGCUACUGAAUCUAUCUUUCCUCACAAGACAACUUCGAAAUCACUGCAACAUUUAUUCAAAGCUGCAAAUGCUGAUUCACAGAGAAUCUUACAGCAAACAGUUUGCUAUGAUAAACAAUUUUCGCGGACGAUUUCAGUAUCGUGGGGCUAUGCUGUUCAAGUAUUCCAAAGCAAUGAACUUUUACCGGAUGUUAUGAGAGUUCAAGAAACGUUCAAACCUUGGAAGGAAAAUUUGGCCUAUGCUGGAAUAUAUACAUUCAGCACAACAAAAAUUCAUCAGGAUCCUUGUGAAAGACCCGCAAUUUUCUAUCUAAACAAUAUAUCUUCUGGUAAAGAUGGUGUCAUUAGCAACUAUAUGAAAUCUUUUCGAGAUUGUUCUCACGAUAAGAUAUCGUUGAAGAAUUUGGAGGUGGUUAAAGUCGUCACAAAUAAGUUAGAACUUGACACUAAACAGUUGCAGAGUCCAAGAAGGCAGUGCUGUGAUGUGUUGCACUCUAACUCUGGUCAACUAAUGGAAAUUGCAAUAAGAGAAUGCAAAUAUGAAGAAUUGAUUUAUAUGCAUUGAUAGAACAAUUCAUGUAUUUGUUAGAGAAGGAAUCAUUAUAGAGGUUAAUUAAUUAGAGGAUUUCAUAUUCAUUUUUCAUAUGUAUAUUUCUUAUAAAUUGGACUCAUACUUUAAAUAAUUUAA